AUGAAGUGCAUCGCAGCUGUAGUCAUGAUGGCGCUGGCCGUUUUCGGAGCUGAAGCCGGGCUUGCACCGCUGCUGUACACCGCCCCACUAGCCCUGCAGGCACCGCACACGACGGUGGUGCAGAGUAAUUCGGAGGCCAAAUUCAUCGCCCCAGCAGCCCCAGCCCUAACCUACGCCCCGGCUCCUUUGACGUAUGCGGCCGCCCCGUUUUACUAUACUGCCCCGCUGGCGUACAGCGCACCGGCCUUGGUCUACCAGAAGGAGGCUCGCUACCUGGCCGCCAACCGGGGAGUGAUCCAUGAGGCACCUCUGCCCGGACAUGCCUUCUCCCAACAGCAGCUGAACCUGGAUGCUGCACCAGGUUCGGAGUAA